UAUCUCCGUUCAGGUCAGCUUCGAUUAGUUUCUUGUUGUCGGUUUCCAGUGGCGCAUCACUGAGUUUUAAGUCGCGAGUUUGUUCUUUCGAAAACGCAAUGCUAGUCGUUAUGCAAAUAUCCGAAGCACUGCUGAUCUUUGCCAUUUACUUUCACUCUUCUACUGCUGCAGGAACAACAACGCCAAAAUGUUCACACGCGCCAGUGUUCCACAAAAUCCUUGGCCUGCGACCGGUCCCAGGUGAACAGGAAACGGGAGGCGUACUUCCGCUCUAUGCUUCCGCCGUCAGUAAGUCUCGCGAAGACGCGGUCAACGCAAAAUGUGCACGAUUGUGUCGCGAAGAUCCAGACUGCUACGGGUACCUGUUGGUGUUCAGCCAAAAUGCUUGCUAUGGCUAUAGCAGCAAUCGAACGGCGACGACACGUUACGACUACAUAGACGAAAAUAACCACCAAUUAGUGACCGAUGUUAAUGUUGCAUUUUUUGUAAAGACCACCUGCCUGGACGUGUCACAAAAAUGCGCCACCAGCAAAUUGUUCCCCCUGGUGACGAUACCGGGCGCUAGCCUGGUCGGUCAAAACUUCCAGCAGUUGCCCCGACUGGUCACUAGGGACGAAUGUGCGAAUGCGUGCUUCCGUGAGCAACGGUUUCCCUGCCGAUCGGCGAGAUUUGUGAGAUCUUUUCGGAACAAUCGACAUCGCUUGUGGGCCAAGAUCGAUCGGGUUCAAAUGGGGCAGUGCUUCCUCAGUCGCGGCGAUAGAUUCAGCCAUCCGGAAACGUUCAGACGCGGCUGGGAGGAGGAUGAAGAGUACCUGGAGAAUCAGUGUUAUGAGAUCGAACGAGGCGAGGCGAGUUGUUCGUUCGAACAGCACCGCGAUACGGCUUUCGUCUAUGCCGAUGAUUCGCUGAUCGUAUCGGGGGAGAAGAGCUGCAGUGAGCGGUGUUUGGCUGAGGAUCGCUUUGCCUGUUUGGGAUACACGUAUUAUAAUGCUUCCAGAGUGGGGCGGAUUGCUGAAGCCAGCUGCUUUCUACACUCGGACGAUUUGACGAGCAUGGGUCCGAAGGCAAUCCGCAUGCUGUUUGAUUCGGUUUAUGCUAGAAGAGUACCUUGCCUGAAGCUGGAGGCGCAAUGCUAUAGCAAUAGAAUGGAGGUGAUCUAUGAACCAGAUGUGCUUUUUCAGGGAAGUAUGUAUCUGAAUACUGCCCACAAGAAUUGCAGUUUCGAGAUGACUAGUAAUGGAACAAAGAUUCUGGAGAUUGCAACAGGUAAUGAAAUAGUAGAAUCUCGCUGUGGCAUUCGAAGAGCAUUCAUCAAAGGCAAUAUGUCCAAUUUUCUAGUAUUCAGCUACGUCUACAUUCAGCAACACCCCGUAGUUCGCACGCAAUCCGACCGACUUCUCAAAACGGGUUGCAUACACCAUUUCGAUUCGAAUAACAUUACACAGUUGAUGAACAACCUCCCGAUGCAGUCAACCGUUGAUUUUAUCCCUCACAGUCAGUCAUUUAGCUUCGGCUCGACGGAAAUCCACAAUGGCACGUCCAAGGUUACCAAACAGAUAACUACCAUGCUGCGAGAUGUAGAAACGCAGGCGGAAAUCUUCGAAGCAACUGUCGGACAACUACUGGAAAUGCGAAUCGAAUCCUUGAAUCGCGACUACGAUCUUAUGCCGCACAGCUUGGUCGCAUAUUCGGGAGAGCAAACCGUCACGCUGCUAAACGACAAAGGUUGCCCGCUGGACAGGCAGCUCUUUCCAGGCUUUCGAAAACAGAAGAAUUCCUCCGAAGUUGUACUAGCGGCACGCUUCCACGCCUUUAUGUUUCCCAGAUCAACUACGGUAAAUUUCAGACUCACAAUUCAAUUUUGCUACGAAUCGUGCCCUAAAGCGGUGUGCUUUUAUCAAUAA